GGACGGGGAAUAAUGCUGAGAGGCUGGGAGGUGGAGGCGGUGGUGUGCGUUCAAGCUUUAGUCUGGCUUGGUGGGAUCCCACGCCAUUCAACGGGGCGAGUCGGUCCAUUGUGACUAUGGUGAAGAUAGAUAGAUAGAUAGAGAGAGAGCCAGAGGUAGAUAGAUAGAUAGAUAGAUAGAUAGAUAGAUAGAUAGAUAGAUAGAUAGAUAGAUAGAUAGAUAGAUUUCUUAAUGGUAUUACACUUCUUGACCAGUGUUUACCGUCAUAAAAAGAGGAUCCUUGCGGAGGAUGGAUUUAAUUUUAAGGCUUAAAUGGAACUAACCAACGGGAGACUUCGUAUCUUGUACGGUGCACCCCAGGAGCCUAUUGGAGGAGAGGCGUCACGUGACAACAUCGUGCAAAUGUUCUUCUACGACGGUGUCAGGACCCUGUCAGCUAUUGAAAUAAGCAUUUGGAAACGGCAAAAUGCAGAACGCGACCUACUGCGACGGUUUGGCCAUUUACAGUGGCUACUCCAAGCAACGUGCGAAUGGAUUGGCUUACGAGGCCAAACAGCAGAACUAUUUCUCAACCGUUCAUGUGGAAAGUGACGACCAACGACCGGCCUGUUCUAUGCAGUGCCCCACAAUCUCCGGCACGCUUCACAAUCUGGAAGACUCACAGAAUAAAGGAACCCAAGUUACAGUAGGAGCAAAUGAUCGACUGUGCCCUAAGACCAUAGCAAAAAACUCAAGCAAUGGGCAAAAUGUAAAGAACGCAGGACACAGUACCCUUACAUCAGCAACUCGCAAGCAAAUCUACCCCUGGAUGAAAGAGUCGCGCCAGAACACCAAGCAAAAAUCAAGUAGGCCUGUCACAAGUUCAGAGAGCUGUUCAGGAGACAAUAGCCCAAGCAACUCUCACAACUCUAAGCGUGCACGCACUGCCUAUACUAGUGCACAGCUAGUCGAGCUUGAGAAAGAAUUUCAUUUUAAUCGCUACCUUUGCCGUCCACGGCGAGUGGAGAUGGCAAAUCUGCUCAACUUGUCUGAGCGCCAAAUAAAGAUCUGGUUUCAGAAUCGCAGAAUGAAGUACAAAAAGGAUCAGAAGGGACAGUCUCCAAAUAGUCCGAUUCUGCCGACAUCUGGCAGUGUGGCUGAUGGAGGAGGAUACAUAAGCUCAAUACAUUCUAUGGUAAACAGAAUGCCAUACAAUGCAUUAUCUCCAACAGCUUAUAGCAAUGCUCAGAGGAACACCUACAGCCUGUCUACAUCACAUCCACAAGCCUUAAGCAGUAUGUUUAACAACUGCCCAUCUUCUCAAAAGACAUACCUAGGAACCCGUUCAGUCACGCCUGAGUGUGACAUGCAGCAUUUCCAAGAUAACAAUCAUAUUGGCGUGCAAACGCAGGGCAGUAAUGAAUAUGUAGGUGCUAAUGGAACCUAUGUGGAUAGCAUUGGAAGCACCGGAAGCUCAAUUUACAACCUGCCACAGCUCCCUCAAGAUGCUCAUGACAAUAUAGACUACAACAGUGCCAUCAGCAUGGGAAACAGCCAUUAUCCUGGAGCACUGGAGCCAGCUCAGUACUCAUACUCAGACUUUACACAACACUACUCUCAGGGAAAAAUUCAAGAAGCAUCUAAAUUGACACAUUGAUAACAUGACUAUGUCUUUUUAUGUUAUUUAUCAAUUGCACACAUGCUGCUGAAUUACAUCUCCUGAUUUCUUGUUGAAUUUUCUUGUUUUUAAAUUGCUCUGUUUUUAAAUAUACUGUUAUAUUUUCACAUCCUUGAGAGACGCAGUAUUUGUAUAUGAUUUUAGAUGAUUAGACACAGGGUAGGAUAAACAGGGUAGAGUCAAGACCUUUUUAUGUUCCCAAUGUGAAGGAUAAUCCUGAUAGACUGCUGUUCUACAAUCAAAGGUUUUCAUUUUUUAAUUGACAUUUUAUGUUGUACUUAAGGAGAAGUAGCCAACAACUUAGAUGCCAUAUUUCAACUGGCUUAUAUCUCAAAAUCAGGCUGUACAGAAAUGUAAAUUUCUAUAUGCUUCAAUACUCUAUGAAUACACUAUGAAUACACUAUGAAUUUCUAUUAUUCUACAAAGUCUUCCAGUAUAUUAUACUAGGCAAAGAUGGCAUUGUUCCCUACUACUUUAUGGACUUAAUCACAAUAGUUUGAGUUCUAUAUCGGAAGAUUUUUUUCUGAAUAUAUCAACCCUAUCACUAUGCCACCAACACAAUGGAAAACAGGCAUUUGGGAAGCAGACAUGAAGCUUAGACAUAUUCACAUAUAUAAAGGAGAUACAUUAAGCAGUGUUUGUCCAAGAGGAUUUUGUUUGAAUAACAAUAUAGAAUAACAAAAAUGAUAUCCCAUGAGCAUACCAGUUUAAAUAUAUCUUAAUGUGAUCUUUUAUUAUUUCUUUGAGGAGCUUCAUGACAAUAUGUAGCCCUGUACAAGGUAUACGAUCUGUAUUAGCUAUAUGAAUCUGCAGCUCAAAAUAUGAAAACAUUUCUUUUGUUUGCACAGAAAUAUGGAAGCUCACAGAUUGAAGCGCAGUAAUGAAGUGCUUGGAUGUGUUAAUUCGCUCAUGCAUAUCAUUUUAAUGAACAUAAUAAUGAAGUAUUUGUUUUGUGACCAGGGUUGGAACAUUACAAAAAAAAGAGACGAAGCAAAAGUAGCCUCAGUUUCCUGUUAUAGGCAUUUAGGAAUGAAGUCUGAAGUGAUCUUUAUCUUCUGUAGCCCAUCCCCCUCAAGGUUUGCUAUGUUAUGGGGUCUGAGAUACUUUUUCACUCACCAUGGUUGUAAAGAGUGGUUAAGUGAGUUACCAUGGAUUUCCUGUCAGUGAUACCAAUCUGGCUGUUUUAAUGCAAUCUCCCUCAUUGUUCACUGAAUGGGUUUGCACUUGCACCAUUUUGUGUACACUCUGUAGAUUUAUUCUGUAAGAACAUCAUAGGUUAUGAGCAGCUCGAGCUAGCACAAAUAAUCAGUCAUAAUUUACAGAGAUAAUGUUUCCCCAUUCUUCUGUUUCAGAAAACCGCAGUGUAUAUUUUACUUUAUUUACUAGGUAGAAUUUACAGCUGUUUGUUUCCAGUGAGCUGAAAACUACAGAAGUGAUGUAAUGUUUACUCGAACCCGAUUGGGCUCUUGAGAAUGCUGACCAGAGGUGGAACAUAUGGUUCCUGCACAUAAGUUAAUAUUUUGAAUACAGUCAUAUAUUAUAUUGUAACUGUGUUAUAUCUGGGCUUAUUUCUGGAUUUUGACAUUGACUUCCACAUUGGCCCUAAGACAUGGAGUGCUGUUAUGAAAUAAUCUACAUAGUUCUCUUAGCUAUCUCAGUGUUUCCCACACAAUUGCAUGGGUUGUUUGUGCACACAAGUUCUACCAGGUCAGAAGUCUGUAUUUAGAGUGGCCAAAAAUGACAAGGUGUCACUGGUUAUAAGCUUGGUUCCUAUUUUAGU